CGACUCUUGUUGCAUCUCUAGUCACGGCAACAGCAAUUACAAAAGACAUUUUUUUAGCAAUUAUCACAAUAAAAUCGCAACAAUUCACGCUAUCUAUCGGUGGACAAGAAAGGGCCCAACGUAAUGCCGUCCAGAAAUAUUGACGAUGCCGCCGGAGCCAAGGAGGUGCCGCGAAGUACACGGAGCACACUGAUUGGCCCGAGGAGCAAACGAAUCGCACUAAACAGUCGCAAUCAGAGUAUUGCUGCCGCCGAAAAGAAAACUCAGUCGCAGCUGUCGUUCCCGCCAAAAUCGGAGUACGAGAAGUUCUACGAGACCGUCUUCCUGGCGGAGGAUUCGCAGCCGGAGGAAAAUAUAACAGCAGAACGUCGUAAGCCAGGGCCGCGCAUGAAGAGCUCACUCCAAGCCCUGCUGAGCGAUGAAGGAUCUCCGACGGGACCACAGCGAACCGCCAAGAUAAACGUUACACAGAAAAUUGUCGUUGAGCCAGCGAUCCGAGCCAAUGGCAUCUCGCCAUUGCCGAAGAAUGUUGGGAAGGAGGAAAAGUUUGCGGACUACUAUACGAAAACGGAGCGACACGUUUGGAAAAAGGAUGCGGAGAAGAUGUUGCUGCAACUGUGGGCACAGCAUUUGAAGGAUUUCCGUGGCGAGUCCAAAAAUGUGCUCAUCUACCGGCAAAUGGCUAGGCAGAUGAGUCAGUUUGGACCCAGUCACACGGAGCUUAAAACCAAAAUGGACAAUUUGUCGCGAAAGUAUAGAAUAGAAGCUGAGAGAGUUCGAGAAACUGGAGUUCCAUCCAAGUGGGAGCACUUUCAUAAGCUUCAAGCACUUCUGAUUGGCACAAAAUCAGUUGAUGUCUUCGAAGAUAUUACCGCCGAAAAUCCAGCUCAAGCUCUGUUCAGCGAUGAGGACUAUGAGCCUGAGGAAUUGGCUUCAAUAAAAGACGAUUCUGUGGCCGGGGACCAUGGGAAUGUAUUUGAAACUGAUUUGGUUGCUAGCAAAGCCAAGAAAAGAACGCGAACUCCCUCUCCCAGCAUUCCGGAAAUCCCGGAAGACGACGACGAGGAGGAGGAGGAGGAGGAUGAUGAUGACCACAUGAAGGAUCUAUCCCCAUCGCCAAUUUUAAAAUACCAUACAAAACGGAAAGCAUCGACCGGCCAUUCGGACAGACUCCUUGAAAUAGAGGAGGAAAAACUGGCGAUCGAGCGAGAAAAGCUGCAGGUUAUGAAGGAUGCACUGCUGGAGCUAAACGCAUUUCACAAGGAUAUCGUUUAUUUGCUUAAGCAUAAGAAUUAGAGUAAAUAUUAAGUGUUAUACGUAGAAGUAGCAUUGUGGUAAUUUUUUAGCAGAAUAUACAACUAAAACAGUGAAUAUUUAAUGUAAUAUUGCUUCAACUUUAAAUUAAUCUAAUAUAUAUAUACUGUAAAAAGCAAGAAUUUGUAAAGUAAAUGCAAUGAAAUUAUA